AUGAGCGUUACCAUCUAUCACAACCCACGUUGCACGAAGAGCCGACAGACGUUGGCCCGACUUGAAGAGCACGGAAUCGAGCCCAAGAUCGUGUGGUACUUAGACGAGCCGCUGGACGAAAAGACGAUCAAGGGACUGCUCAAGAAGCUGGGACUCAAAGCGGAGCAACUUGUCCGGAAGAAGGAUCACAAAGCCCUCGGCUUGGCGCAGCCUGAGGACGAAGCGGGCUGGAUUGCCCAGAUGGCAGCCAACCCGAAGAUCAUCGAACGCCCGAUCGUCGUCGUUGGCAAAGAGGCCCGACUUGGUCGCCCGCCCGAAAGUGUCGACGAGAUUCUACCGUAG